AUGGAAUCAUUUAUAAGAGAACAAUUAAAAUUAUUAGUUGGAACUAAUAAUUCAGUUGGUAUUCGAGAUAAAUUUGAUGCAACUUUCAUUAUUAUUUGUUUAAUAAUGAAAAAACAUGAAUUUAGAUUGCACCCACAACCAGAACCAAACGACCCAAAUAAUAUUAAUAAUGAACCAAAUACCUCGUUAGAGUGUGCAAAAAAUACACUCCCAAAAGAUUGGAAUAAAAGUGAUGAUAGCUUUACAGUAGAUUUUUCACACGACCUUACACCACUCAAGAAAUAUCACAUUAAAUGCUUAAGAAUGGGCACAUUACUAUUAGUCAAUGCAAUGAUUAAAGAUAAGCAAGAUAAAAUUUGUACAUUAGAUAUAGACAUUGAAAAAUUAAUUAGCAAUACAAAUUUUAGCGAUGUUGAAAACUUAUUAACUAAUUUAAAAGAAUUUAUAGCAAUUUAUGAAUUUAAUAUUAUAAAUCAAUUAGUACCAGGUUUAAUUAGAGUACCAAACGGCUCACCACAAGUUACAACAACCUCAGCACCCAAUACAAAUAAUCAAAGAGCACCACCACAAAGAUAUAAUGACGACUAUGACGAUCCGUUAAGAAUUGGUCCACCACAAAGACCACCUAGAUUUAUUGGUGACCAUGGUAGAGGAGUUGGAGACCCAGAUUUAUACCCACCAGGAUUUCCUCAAUUUGGCAAUCAACCAUUCCUCCCACCAAAUAGAGUAUUCCCAGGUGGUGGCUCCUAUAUAGGUCGUGACCAUCCAGGUUUUGGCGAUAUUCACAACCCAUAUCGUGACAGCAACGACCCAUAUGGUCAAGGCUUACCAGGUUGGGAGCAAAGAAUGCCACGUGGUGCCGUCCCACCAGGUGCUAGAUUUGAUCCAUUCGGUCCACCAACAGGAGGAAAUAUUAAUAACAAUAGAGGCAAUAGAAAUAAUUAUGGAGGUCCUGACAGAGAUGACUUUGGCCCACCAGGUUUUAGUCCAAACGGAUUCAUUUAA